AUGAGCUCCGGGGUCGCCCUGCGGCUGCGGACACUCCAGCAACACCUGGGCUCCCCGGAGCGGGUGUGGACACAAGACAGCAUGGCUGCGCCUCUUGCGGCCCAGGGCAGAGGUACGGAGCUGGGCAGCAGCCCGCUGACCACACACGCACUGGACGCUGCCUCAGGGCUUCCGGCCCGGGGCCUCCGCCUCCGCCCGUCCAGGCUCGAGGACCAUGGCCAGCAGUGGACCGAGCUGCGGAAAAGCUACACAGACCCUGACGGCCGCUGCCCCGGGCUCCUGCUGCCAGGCCAGAUGAAGGCGGGCACCGACAGGCUGUCCUUCGACACUGAGGGCUGCUGCCAUUAGAGGGGCCAGCAGAGCUUCUACCCGUGCGUGGAGGUCGUUUUCACCAUCACAAACGAGACCCGCAAGUUCCACGUGCCACUGCUGCUGAGCCCGUGGUCUUACCCCACGUACCGAGGGAGCUAG